AUGCCAUACCGUAAUGCCCUGGCUACGCUGUGCGCACGGCGGCAGGUGGACCUGACGAAGGGGUACUACGACAGCGGCGACAACGUCAAGUACGGGCUGCCCAUGGCGUUCACCGUCACCACGCUCGCGUGGAGCGUGGUGGAGUACGGCAGCACGCUGGCGGCGCAGGGGCAGCUGGACCAUGCGCUGGACGCCAUCCGCUGGGGCACCGACUUCUUCAUCAGCGCGCACCCGCAGCCUAACGUGCUGUACGCGCAGGUGGGCGACGGGCCGUCGGACCAUCGGUGCUGGCAACGGCCCGAGGACAUGACGACGCCGCGCAUGGCGUUCCGCCUGGACGCCAAUAACCCCGGCACCGAGGUCGCCGCUGAGGCCGCCGCCGCCCUUGCCGCAGCCAGCAUGGCCUUCGCGUCGCGCGACGAAGAGUACUCGAGAAAGCUGAUUCGCCACGCCAAGGAGCUAUUUAACUUCGCCAACACCUACCGCAAGUCGUACGUGAGCAGCAUUCCGUCAGCCGUCGCCUUCUACAACUCCUACUCCGGAUUCAAUGUGAGCCGCCCCUCACCCGCACGCGCCACCUCUGCCCAUUGCCAUGUGCGUCACGCCACUCGAUUGGGGGUGGUUGUGCGCUCCAUGCCGUCUCACAACUCCCCGCACUACUUGCAAAACUCCAUUGCUCGCGCGCUCGAUUGCCCCUCCCCCUUCUCGCCGCAGGACGAGCUGCUGUGGGCGGCGGCGUGGCUGCAGCGCGCGACGGGCGAGGCGCAGUACCUGGCGUUCGUGAAGAAGAACAACGAGACACUGCAGGGCGCCACCACCAGCAUGAACGCCUUCUCCUGGGACAACAAGUUUGCCGGCGCGCAGAUCCUGCUCUCCAAGGUGUUUUUCAAGGCGCGCGACCCCGGGCUGUACGGCUACCAGCUGCGCGCCAAUGACUUCGUGUGCGCUACCGUCGUGCGCGGCACCCGCACGCCAGGCGGGCUGCUGUUCGUGCAGCCGUGGAGCAACCUGCAGUACGUGACGGCCGUGUCGCUGCUGAUCGCAGUCUACAGCGACUACCUCGACCGCGCCAGCGUCGCGUCCGUGCAGUGCGACUCCACCGCCGUCACCCCCGCCGCCAUGCGCAAGUUCGUCGCCAAACAGAUGAGCUACCUGCUGGGCGAGAACCCGCGCCGCAUGAGCUACAUGGUGGGGUACGGCGCGUCGUUCCCAAUGCGCGUGCACCACCGCGGCGCGUCCAUCGUGUCGAUAAAGAAGGACCCGCGCCCCGUGGGGUGCGAGGAGGGCUUCAAGUGGUUCCACACGCAGGUGAGCGCGUUCGCCGUGAUGAUCGCCGGCACGUUGACACGACGGCAGCAGAAUGCGAGGCGGCGGUCCAUGCCCUCGCCGGGGCGGACGACCGUGGUGAUGCGGCGCAAGUGUCCAGCGCCCUCACGGACAAGUUGUACCCCCUCCCACCCCAUGCCCUGCCCGCUCAUUAUCCCACCUACAACACCCGUCGUCCCGCGGCCUGCGCAGGCACCGAAUGCGAACGUGCUGGUGGGCGCAGUGGUGGGCGGGCCGGACAACAUGGACGCGUACAAGGACGUGCGCGACAACUACCAGCAGAGCGAGGUCUCCACCUACGUCAACAGCCCCCUCGUCGGCGCGCUCGCCCGCCUCCUCGCCGGCAACGCUCCCCUGCCGCCCAACCAGCAGACUGGAAAAGGCAACUGGGGCGGAGGCAUGGGCAAGGGUGGGGGCAACGGUACAAGGAAUGGAAGCAGCGGAAAUAAAGGCGGGGGGCAAGGGGGUUCUGGCGGCGGGAGCAAGAGUGGCAACACGGGUGAUAAGGGGGGUGGAGAGAAGAGUAGCAGUGGGAAGAAGCCUGAUAAAGAUGGGAAGAAGGGCGGUGAGGGCAGUGGGGACAUGAAGUAUAGGAAUGGUACCAACAAGAGCAGAGGUGGCAGCAGCAAGUCUGGAAACAAGAAUUCGGGCAGCAACAAGCCAGACGGGAGCGUGAGCCCCUGGACGGGCGAUAGUGGUGUAACUGGUGUAAGUGACGGUGGGAUAAGGGCACAGCAGCCUAACGGACUGAACAGCAUGGCAGCUGCAGGCAGUGGAGCGUCCCAGUGGCAGCUGUUGGUGACAACGGUGGUGACGGCGCAGUGGCAGGACGUGCAGGGGCGCAGCAUGGCGCAGUACAUGGUUUUGCUGCGCAACGAGGGCACCACAACGCUCGCCCAUAUCCGCCUCACGGCACAGGGCUUCCACCCCACAAGUGCUUGGGGCCUCGUGCGAGCUGGAAAUGACUACCGAGUUCUGGAAGGAGCUGGUGCGCUGGCUCCAGGCCAGACCAGCCGAUUUGGGUAUGUGCAGGAAGGAGAGGCGGCAUCGUUCAAACAAGCCCUGCAAGAGGAGGCCUGA